AUGGCACUGUCGGCGGUUGACAUUGCCGAGGCGGCGGCCCAGCAGGUUUCGCUGCUCUCCUUUGACACCCCCGGGCGUGAGGGCGGCAGCUGCUGCCUGUUUGCACCCACCGCCACGCGAUGCGGCGUGAUGGCAGGUGGCUGCAUCACCUCGGUGGCGUGCCGGCACGAUACGGUGAUGGUGACGCUUGUCCCUACACUGCUCCGGCUGCUGCCGCUGCGGCUUCCUCCGCACGACGGCUUUGCGUGGAUACCUGCCGACUCACCGCUCGCAGAGGCGGUGGCGCUGCUCUACGGGCUUCCGCCGGUGCGGCUGCAGGCGGUGUCAUCAGAUUUUCCUGUGUUCCGCUCGGGCGGCGCACCCGAAACGGUGCAAAGGCGGCUACGGCAGCAGAUGGCGCACCGCCACUUGGAGCGCCUCCGUGUGCACGUGCCGCCGCACUUGUCGGCGUGCGUCCCUUUCGAUUACAGCCGCGUUGCUGCGUGGCUUGUUGUGUCAUUCCCCGGCGCCGAUGCGGUGCCUGACUCGUGCCUCUUCAUCCUCCCCGACAUGCUAGUUGUGCGGGCGGCUGUGCCACAUGUGGGGCGCAGCUUUAUUUCGCCACACGACCGUGAUACAGUUGCGGCGCCUGGUUUGCGCGAAGUGUGUCAGCGGCUCCAGGGACUGCGGCUGCCGUGCGGUCCCGUGUGUCUGCUCGACGCUGCAGAGGCGCCAGACACCCCUCCACUUUUACUCAAAACCGCGGCACAGAUGAUGUAG